GCUGAAAUUAGCAAUCUAAUCACCAAAACUAGGCCUUUUCAUCCAUUGUUUUGGCUCAGAAAAGCAAGUCGUUCUGAUAUUAGAAAGAAUAGAAAAGCCUGAUACCACACUAUGAAGAAGCAUCUUCCAAAACAGAUUAUUCUAUCUUAGUAACUCAAAAUUCAACAAAGUAGCCUAAAACACAUGUAAGAUAGCUUAUGAAGCUGUAGAUUUUCCUAAAUCUUUCAAUACUUAGGAAUCAUGAUUUCCUUAGGUGAUGUCUAUCAUGUAGUGACAGCCACUGUCCCAUUAUAUGUGACCAUGAUACUAGCCUUCAUCUCUGUAAAAUGGUGGAAGCUCUUCACACCAGAUCAAUGUUCAGGCAUAAAUAAAUUUGUGGCCAAUUUCUCAAUCCCACUGUUGUCAUUCCAAGUGAUUUCUUCUAACAAUGUUUACAAAAUGAGCCUCAAGCUCAUAUAUGCAGAUUGUAUUCAGAAGUUGCUUGCAAUUCUUGCCUUAACAUUAAUCAUUAAGAUCAGUGCUCGAGGCGGUUUAAAGUGGAUCAUAACCGGUCUAUCAUUGUCAACACUUCCUAAUACUUUGAUCCUGGGGAUUCCACUCAUGAAGGCUAUGUAUAAGGAUGAAGCUGAUGCUUUGCUUCCCCAGAUUAUUUUCUUGCAGAGCAUGAUCUGGUACAAUUUGCUCUUGUUUCUUCACGAGCUCGAUGCAGCCAUUCCUGCAAGGACCAUGCCAGCAACACCACCAUCUCAAGGCACAGGAGAAAGUGAGACUUCUCAGGAGCUACAAUCAAAAGAAGAGGAAGAAGCAGAACAUAGACCAGGAAGGAAAUUAAGGAUCUUGCUCAUUCUUACAAAAGUGGGGAAGAAGUUGAUCAAAAACCCUAAUACCUAUGCAACUUUUAUUGGUCUUAUUUGGUCCAGCAUCCACUUCAGGUGGGGAGUACAUAUGCCAGAUGUUGUUAAUCAGUCAAUAACAAUAUUGUCAAGUGGAGGUCUAGGUAUGGCAACUUUCAGCUUAGGUUUAUUUAUGGCAUCAAACUCCACCAUUAUAGCAUGUGGGCCAAGAAUGACAAUGGUGGCAAUAGGACUUAAAUUUCUUGUUGGGCCUGCCCUAAUGGCUGUAGCUUCAAUUGUGAUUGGAUUAAGAGAUACAAUGCUCAAAGUGGCAAUUGUUCAGGCAGCUCUACCCCAAGGAAUAGUUCCUUUUGUUUUUGCCAGAGAGUACAAUGUCCAUCCAGCCAUUUUAAGCACUGGGGUCUUACUGGGAAUGCUCAUUGCCUUGCCAGUGGCGCUCACCUACUACGUCCUCUUAGCACUGUGAUGCACUAUACCAGGAACAAUGACAAAACUGUUAGUUGCAUUGGUGUAAAAUUAACAGUUAAUGUAGUUGUAUAUUGUCAGUACUCAGUGCUGAUUAAUAGUCAGAGAAAAAGUAAUGAAAGUUAAGAACAAAUUGCACAAGUAUAAGAGGUAUAGAUUGUGUAACUGUUGAUUCAACAGAGAAAUAAAAGAUAUGUGGA